UUGCGUAGGUUACCAUGACGAAGAAGAAGGGAAACAUGAUAAAUAAAGUUGUGUUGGAUACUAGGAAACCCCAAGACUCGUUUUUUUGUGUGUGAUUUGUGAGUGAUUGUAGCGCCCUCACAUGGCCAUAAACUGUACGGCACAGUUGGAGUCAGAACAUUGUUAUUAUUGUGAACGCAGCUGAACGUUUUCGGGAUCUUCAGGAUUUCACAGCAGAAGCCUUGCAAGAAAUCCUGUCGGGGAUUGUUCCGCCUGUACUGCUGCUCACAGACAGAAGAGAUGGACUUCAACCAUAAAUAGCCAGAGACCAUGUUGCGGAGCCUUCGGUAGCCAAGCGGUCAUUUGAUCGAUGAAGAGAUGGUCAGCAAUCUAAUUGCUGUUGGAGAGGAGUUCCUGCAAGAGGCGAAGGACAUUCAGCAACGGGAACCUUACCAAGAUUACCAACGUUACCAAGAUGACCAACCUUACCAACGUUACCAAGAUUACCAACCUUACCAAGAUUGCAAGUUGUUACAUUUGUAUCAUUUUUUGAACGGCAUGCGUGGCAUAGCCUGAGAUUUUGUAUAAUUUACUUGUCCUGUGUUAAAUCUCCUGUGUCAAAUCUGAAAGAGGCGCAUAUCGCAAAAUCAAUGAAGUCAAUGAAAAAAAACAUUUGGUUGGCUUAUCUCUAAUGCUGUUCCUAAAUUAUAUAUGGUGUUCUUAGUCUUUUAACCUAAAACAGUUUUUAGCAGUGUAUGUUGUAGCUAAUUUAUUGUUUAUUUUAGUGGCCUAUCAAGCCCCUUUGGCCGGAAGGCGGUAUCCGGUCACCAAGGAGCAGCUUCCGUUCCUCAUAGAUGGUCAUAUGACCAUAAGACAAAUGGCAGAUGUUCCCAAUGUGUCGCACUCCGUGGUCAACCUGCACAUGAGACUUCCAUGUCUGAACCCAAGUCCACAGAGGCCCUGGGUUCUGGAUGUGGUGUUCCAGCCCAGAGAAGCUCACAGCAGGGUCCAGAGGUGGUCUCAGUGAAGCUGGAGGACUGCAGUCAAACACUGGAAGUCAAUGUGAUUGUCAAAGAAGAAGAAGAGGAGAGAGUUGUCACAGAGGAGGCAGUGGAGAGAGCAUUCAAAGAGGAAGAAAAGGAGGAGAGAGCAAUCAAAGAGGAAGAAAAGGAGGAGAGAGCAAUCAAAGAGGAAGAAAAGGAGGAGAGAGCUGUCACAGAGGAGGAGGAGGAGAGAGCCAUCACAGAGGCGACGGAGGAAAGACCACUCAAAGAGGAGGUGAAGGAGAGCGGAGUCAAAGAGGAGGAGAGUCCAAUCAAAGAAGAGAACAGGGAUGUGUCUUCUCCAGAUCUAGAGGAGGAAGAAGUAAAUAGUAUCACUGAUCCAGGAGAGAUCUCCAACCCAGGUUCAGACAGUGAGUCCAGUUCCACAGCAUCAGGAAACCAUAAACAACACAGACAGAGGAACUCAAGACAGAAACAUCACCACUGCAUGGACUGCUUCACUAGUUUCUAUGAGCCAGAGGAGUUGAGGAGGCACACUUGUAGGCCCCACCCCUGUUCAGAUUGCAAAGGCAGUUUUAUUUGUCCAACUCACCUCAUACCACACCAACAGACUCACAGAAUAAAGGAGACUUACCCGUGUGAUCAAUGUGGGAAGAGCUUUCCGACACCAAGCGAACUAAUGAUGCACCAGAAAACACACAGGAGAGAGGCCUUACCACUGCUCCCAAUGUGGGACAAGCGUCAGUAAUUGAGCACAUCUAAAGCAACACCAGAGGAUAAUACACCUGGGAGAGAAACCCUACCACUGCUCUCUGUGUGGGAAGAGCUUCAGUCAGGCAGGAGACCUGAAGCAACACCAGCGAACUCACACCGGAGAGAAGCCUUACCACUGCUCUCAGUUUCAGGCAUUUAACAACUCUGAAGAUGCACCAGAUGAGAAGCUUUUCCACUGCUGUUCGUGUGGGAAGAGUUUUAAAUGCUUAAAAGAACAUCAGAAGAUGUUGCCCAACACCUUUCGAAUGAUGUUGCCAAGCUGGGCAUCUAACCAAUAUUGAUGACCUUUAUAAUGGUGUUGUCAAGCUGGGCAUCUAACCAAUAUUGAUGACUUUUAUAAUGGUGUUGCCAAGCUGGGCAUCUAACCAAUAUUGAUGACCUUUAUAAUGGUGUUGCCAAGCUGGGCAUCUAACCAAUAUUGAUGACCUUUAUAAUGGUGUUGCCAAGCUGGGCAUCUAACCAAUAUUGAUGACCUUUAGAAUGGUGUUGCCAAGCUGGGCAUCUAACCAAUAUUGAUGACCUUUAGAAUGAUGUUGCCAAGCUGGGCAUCUAACCAAUAUUGAUGACCUUUAGAAUGGUGUUGCCAAGCUGGGCAUCUAACCAAUAUUGAUGACCUUUAGAAUGGUGUUGCCAAGCUGGGCAUCUAACCAAUAUUGAUGACCUUUAUAAUGGUGUUGCCAAGCUGGGCAUCUAACCAAUAUUGAUGACCUUUAUAAUGGUGUUGCCAAGCUGGGCAUCUAACCAAUAUUGAUGACCUUUAGAAUGGUGUUGCCAAGCUGGGCAUCUAACCAAUAUUGAUGACCUUUAUAAUGGUGUUGCCAAGCUGGGCAUCUAACCAAUAUUGAUGACCUUUAGAAUGGUGUUGCCAAGCUGGGCAUCUAACCAAUAUUGAUGACCUUUAUAAUGGUGUUGCCAAGCUGGGCAUCUAACCAAUAUUGAUGACCUUUAGAAUGGUGUUGCCAAGCUGGGCAUCUAACCAAUAUUGAUGACCUUUAGAAUGGUGUUGCCAAGCUGGGCAUCUAACCAAUAUUGAUGACCUUUAGAAUGGUUUUGCCAAGCUGGGCAUCUAACCAAUAUUGAUGACCUUUAGAAUGGUGUUGCCAAGCUGGGCAUCUAACCAAUAUUGAUGACCUUUAGAAUGGUGUUGCCAAGCUGGGCAUCUAACCAAUAUUGACAGAGUAUUUUUUCUUCUCCAACCUGAUGUACAUUGUCAUAUAACAUUUUUUACCAAAGCGUAUGAAAUAUGACAUGAGGGUCACAUUUAAAUUAAAGUGUUUAUUCCUCCAGAAA